CUAGAGCCAGCCUCAUCCCGUUCUAUUUUUUAUAUUCAUCCAUUGUUAUCGGUGAAGCAGUGGAGAUUAGGGAGUAUCAUUUCUCUGUAUCACCAUCAUGUCUGACCUCGGGCUGGGGAGUAUAGGGCGGCGAGAGGAGCUAGAUCGCCAGGAAGAGUCGAGCCAUCAGCGCACAGAGGCUAGUAAUGCCGCCAGGCGGGAGCUCGAAGUGCUCGACGAGGGUGCUCGGCCGCAGUCCCUCACCCAGUACCUCGACGCUUGCCGCGCGCUCCGAGCUGCUGCACGCGUAGUCCGUGAACCUCUCCCCAAUACGCAAGGCGACACCAACCAGCCCGAAAUACUUAUCCCCCAAGACUUUAUCCCGUGGGAGGAUUUCAGAGAGGACCAGGAGGAAAUUUGGCAGACACUCCUCUCGAACCAGCGCUUCUCGUCUGAGCCCAUCUUCCCAUCCACAAAUGAGAUGCUGAGCUCGUCGUCUGCGGCGCACGUGAUACGGGCUAAGAGGCCUCUCCGCGACCGCGAGCGGCUUGCCGUCCAGCACCCAGUACAGACGCUCGUGAACGCAGCGCGGAACGACGGGUUCCUCUGGGCUGACCUCGGCCUUGACGCGGUAACGCUCUGUAGUGACUUCAGUGACGACUUCUACAUAUGCGAGGCUCCGGUCGGCCCCAGGACCCUCAAGGUUGCCGUCGAGUAUGUAGCGCCGCACCAGCUAACGACUAUCAUGGUCGCAACCAGCCUGGAUUCCCCGUUCAAACCGGAACCGUACCUUCGCGGGCCCCACCUCGGCGGCGCCGGGGGUGCGGACGCCGUGUCCUGGUCGAGGUCGCUCGUGGCCGACGUCGUGAGCCGGACUUUCGGCCGCAUGGUGGCCAAUGACGUGCAGUUCGGCUACGUGUGCACGGAGGAGGCGCUCGUCUUCCUCCACAUCCCCGACAACGCUGCUAUCGUCCACUACUACGUGUGCAUUCCAAACAUGGAUGUCGUCCUGAACGAGGAGAACAAGCUCUACCACACCGCCGUGGCACGAGUCUUCGCUUUCGUCAUCCAGGCCCUCCGUCUGUCGCCGCCCCCCGCAGCCUGGCACAUCACUGCCACCCAGCUUCCAUCCACCCGCUGCUCGAACUACGACAACCUCUUCCGCGAGAUCCAAACCGCCAUGCGCCAGAGUCCUCCCUGCUUCGACCAUCCGGGCUACGACUUCCGUAGCCUCCUUCUCCCAGAGAACUCGCCCCACGCGCUGCAGCCGGAAGAGUCCGCCCGCAUUUACCAGCCCUUCGCACACUCUUCCCCUCACUUCCCCUCUUGCUGGCCCUAUGAACCGCUGCCGGACGGUCACGAAUACUGCACGAACAAGUGCCUCCUGGGCCUCGUGACGGGGGCCCCGGUGGACCCAGACUGCCCGAACGCGGCGGACCACGGGUCGCGGCACCCGAAGCUCUCGCGAGUGCUUAGCCUCGUGAGGCUCCAGCUUGUCGACGAGGGGGGCCCGAGCGCCGGCAGUGAGGCGGGUGGGGUUUUCGGGUCGGUGGGAACGCUCUUCAAUGUGCGGACGCCGGUGUACGGCUAUACGCUGGUCGCGAAGGGGGUGCAGCGGGAGGACAUGAUGUUGCUGCGCCUGGAGCAUCAGAUAUACGACUGGCUGCGCAAGAUCCAGGGCGUGCACGUGCCGGUGUGCGUGGGCAGAGUGCGGCCGGGCGCGCCGUACAAGUGGAGGGGGGGGUCGUUCGUGCUGUUCCUGCUGCUCAGCUGGGCGGGGACGCCGCUGGUGGAGACUCCGGGCCUGGACGCGGCGGCGAAGCGCGAGCUCGUGCAGGACGUCGCCGCCGCCUACGGCGCGCUCCACAAGCUCAGAAUCCUCCACGGCGACUCGAACCCGUACAACGUCCUCUUCGAUCCGCGCUACGGCCGCCCCGUCAUCAUCGAUUUCGAGCAGUCAACGGUAAUGCCCGGCCCGCCUGGUGACGAUCCCGAUUGGCGCCUCCCGCGCGAGUGGCGCCGCGAAGUCGCCCAAGAGGUCAUGUUCUCCGUGAGCGAGCUCGAGGCCGGACUCGGGCUGGGCUCCUCGACCCCGUCCGCCGGCACGGCUGGCGAAGGCCAAGAGAGAGCCGAGGGCGACUCGAGGUCGACCCAGAGCGACCUGACGCGAGGGAGAACAGGGUCCACUGAUGUAGAAAUGUAAUAUUCGCCGAGCGAGCCAUGAG